AUUGUAUCUACGCGUUUGUGUCUCCUAAUGCAGCAGGGUGGGAAUCGUAAUCAUUUGCGCGUAUGGCGUCCAUCGUCUCGAUGCAAUUCCCAGGUCAAACUAAAACUGUCGGUCAAAAAAAAAUUUAAUUCUAAACGAUAAAAUAUUUUAUGAACCGAAUAUAUGCUGUAAAAUCAAUUGAUUCGAUAACUAUUGCGCUAUGUACGGUCGGAUAAUAUUUAUUUCACUAGUUUUCGGUACUAUUCAAAGUAAAAAACAUUUGCGCAUCAUCGGCGGCAGGGAUGCAGAGGAAAAUGAAUACCCAUACGUCGCCAGAGUGGAGAUACUAAGAAUAACUGAUGACAAAGUGCGAAGGAUCCAUAUAUGUACGAGCGGAGUCAUCACUCCAGUAUGGACGGUCACAGCAGCACACUGCUUCCAAGACAUCAUCGAGCUGAUACAAAUGAGACGCAAUACUAAAUCAAGACAGAUAGUACGUACAAGGGACAUCAAGCCAGUCAUAUGGUUCGGAAACGUGGCUGGCGAGCCAAGUAAAGACACCUAUAGAGAUAUUGUGGACACCGUUCUUCACCCGUCCGCGAAGUGUUCAAGAUCAUCCAUACUCGUAUUUGUGUGUCAAAAUGACAUAGGCCUCUUCCGCACUGAUCCUAUUUCAAUAAACCAGUACGCAAAACUGAGCGCCCUGGACGCGGUCAGUCUCAAAGGCCAGGAGGUGGAAUUAGUUGGCUACGGCAUCACAAAUGUUAAUGGCGAAGUAGACGACACGCUCGCUUUCAAAAAACCACUACAAGUACUGAAGGCGAUGGUUAAAUCUUGCGCUGAUGAUGUUUUUAUGUCUCCGGCACUAUGUCUCGCUCGGGCUUGUGGGCAGUCGUCGACGAUGUGUCCAGGAGACUCGGGAGGACCAGUGCUCCACCCUUCAGGCGUGGUGGCAAUCAACUCCAUGGCCUUUAUAUCUGACUGUUUCGUGUCUAGUGAAAAGGAUCGAAGUCACGUCGUUGGACAGUUGACUCCGAUUAGUUCGUAUAUAGACUGGAUAUGUGACGUCACAAAUGAUAACAAAACAAGUAGGGCGUGACAAUUGACAACAUUUCAAAAUGUAAACGUGCCUAAAACAAAAAUACUAUUUCUUAAUUUUUCUACUCCGAG